UUCAAAACGCUCAAUGAAUACAAGAGAUGAGAAGAUGAUUGAGUUCCUCCCCCAAGCAGGAAAAUCUAAGCAUGUGGAUGAAGGAAUGGAGUCUCAUGGUGGUAACCACAACAGUUGGGAAUCCUUUGAUCCAAUGGAAAUUGAAAUUGGUAUCAAUGAAAGAAUGAGUAAGGUUCCAAAAGAGUCCACCAUAAAUAUAGGAAUCAAUGCACCUCAUUCCAGAAAAAUAACACUUGAAGAUACAGAAGAAUCAAUAAAAGAAAUGUCUUUGGAGGAAUUUGUUGAAAUGGCAAAAGUUGUCUUUGGACUUAAAGCUGAUGAAAUGGAUAGCUUGAAAAACCACUUGAGGUAUUAUUUCAACUAA